AUGGUUCUGACUGGUCGAGUGGAGCAGGGCUGCUGGGGAUCAUCACGGCUCUGCUGCAAGUGCCAUCACUUUGAAUGGCAACGGGAGGCUCUGAUUGGUGGAGAGGCCACAGCUCGAAGCGCCGAGGGGAGAGUCCGGGAGACGCUAACGGGCAUUCUGAGGGGGUGGCCUGUGGGUGCUCAGCGCUUACAGGGCACAUAUGUGAUGGUCAUGCUGGUGGGAUAA